AUGGCUCCCAUAAAGAAGGCUGACAAGAAAAAGAAGGGCCCUUCUGCCAUGAAGGAGAUGGGAGCUCCAGAUGUGAGCAUUGACACCAGGCUCAACAAAGCUGUCUGGGCCAAAGGAACAAGGAAUGUUCCACACUGUAUCUGUGCGCGGCCGUCCAGAAAACAUAAUGAGGAUGAAGGUUCACCAAACAAGGUCUAUACAUUGGUUAUCUACAUGCCUGACACCACUUUCAAAAUUUAUGGACAGUGA